AUGGCUACGUCGCACACCACCUUUACAGAAGCUCAGAUACAGGACAUGUCUGAAUUCGCUUAUGAAGACACUAAGGAUGAAAGAGAGCAGUGUCCGUUUUGUCUAUCCUCCUCUCCAGGAGAUGUAGACUUGGCGAGUCAUAUGGCAUUACACAUGGAGAGAUUGGCCUCUUUCGCUUUCCCAAGAACUCAAGGAAAUGACGAGUCAGACUCAUCGCAUGUCAGCUACAGGAGGGAUGCCCAAGAUGAUCUCUCUUUCAUGCUAUCCUUGCGAAGUGUUAGUCUGAGGUUCUCAGAUGAUGAACCCUCAGGCUCACCAAACCACGUUGAGGACGGAUUCCAGAACUACGCCGCUACCACGGAGGAUACCGGGAGUAGUGACGAUGGAGUCCGUCAAGACGGGCCUACCGUACCGACAGACGAUGAAGUAGCCUAUCAGAAAUAUAGGAAUCAGCGAUACCCAGGUACUUUCCAAUGGUUCUUGGACUCAGAGAAAUACCGAAUGUGGACGGAUAACGAGGAGGACUCGUUUCUUGUCCUUGGCGCACCCGCCGUUGGCAAAUCUGUUCUAGCCUCGGUCGUUAUUAAAGAUCUUUACGCGGAGGCUCGCAGAGUGGCAUCUAUGGGUAUCAUCCUUGGGGUUAUCGGCUUGUUCUGCGAAACACAUGCCUACAGUGUUUACACCGAAGCAUCAUCAAACAGCUUCUCCCAUGCUCUUCCGGGGAACCUUGUGUCUCUAAAUGAAGAAAUUUUUGAAGCUGAAGAGGAUGACAUCCUUCUGAGCCAAGGGACACGAAGAGAACUUCUCGUCCGUGCCGCUCGCAGAACGAGCAGGAUUUUCGUCGUUGUAGACGCUCCGGAAUUGCUCGGAAAUUACCAGGAAUUCUUACAGUCGAUAUCAGACUUACGAAACUAUGGUAUCAAGGUCAAUCUCCUAAUAACCUCCAGAUCAGUUUCGGUUGGUUUUGGUUGGCAUACUCACACAACGACAAUACGCGCCACACAUCGUGAUAUCUCGAGAUUUGUACGAGGCUCUUUGAAGGCAAACCCACCUUCUGCACCCCUAGAUGGGAUCCUGAAACAGACUGUGGACUUUGCGAAUGGUUUGUGGGUGUUUUUCCACAAGUAUCUCACUAGGUUUCUCUUUGCCAAGAUUCAUCUUGAUCAUCUAAAAGCCAGCACACGAACCGACAACGAAGAUUCUUUCGAUCCAAACCGCUCUACGCCAUUGGUGAAGUUGUAUACUGAAGCUAUGAUACGUGUGCAGAAGUCACCUCUAUCAGAGUGGGCCACAACUCUCAUUGCCUGGAUAGCUCUCUCUGAAUCUAGCCUGAGGCUUGACAAGAGGGCGUUCGAGGAUCUUUGCACGUUCAGAAACAGCAAAAGCUGUCCUCCUACGAACUUGAAUCUGGAAGCGGUGAUCGCUUCCUGUGCUGGUCUCGUCGUCGUCGAUUCAGAGGGGUAUCUUGAUUUCUUCCACGGUACAGCAAAGUCAUUCCUUGCUUCGGACCGAGAUUAUUGGUUUCCGGGUAUGGCGCGAGAACAGGCAGAAACCUGCUGUGAGUACCUGUCUAUGGAGGUCUUUGAGUCUGGGCCUUGUAAGACGGAUUUUAGAUGGGAUGAGCGAAUGGUGAUGCAUCCGUUCUACGUCCACGCCGCAACGUCCUGGGGAAAGUACGCGCGGAAGGCUUUGGACCAGGAAAAGAGUUCGAGUGACCCGCGGAUUGGAGAACCAUUGCGGCGAGCCAUCACAACCUUCCUCAGUAGCGUAAAAGCUGUUCAGGCCGCUAUGCAAGUUGUGGACGCAUUUAAAGGAGACGACUCGAAUACGCCAGAAUGGGACCAAAUUCAUGAUCGCCUAAGCGUUGAAGUCGCAGCAUACUUCGAGUUGACUGAAAUUGUCGACAUGCUACUACUUGUAGAGGCCUCGAAGUCCGGAAAAGUGUCUGAAGUCCGCCGUCUUCUCAAACAGGGAACACAUGUCCAUGGAUUCGGGCCAGACAGCCCACUCCGUUCUGCAAUAUCGAAUGACCACAAGGACGUCGUGGGAGUUCUGCUGAAAUAUGGCACCGACGCUAACUUUGGCUCUGCAUGCGAAUAUCCAUUGGACUGGGCCAUGGACAUGGAAGGGGAGAUUGGAGAUAUCACACGCUUGCUCUUGGACUAUGGAGCCGAUCCUACAAAGAUACGCACCAACCUGCUGAGCUUCGCCGUCAGGGAUGAGGACAUGAACAUGGUGAAACUGCUUAUUGAAAAGGGCGUAGAUAUCAACGCAGCAAACGAGAACAGCUGGACGGCGCUUCACUUUGCAGCUAUGAAUGGAUUGCUGGACUUUGUUCUGAUUCUGCUAAAACACUUACCCAUCGCGACUGCUGCGGACUUGAUGGGGAGAACGCCACUUGACUACGCGGAACAGAAUGGGAAAGAGGCUGUUGUCCGCAGACUUAGGCAGUAUAUGCAUGAGACAAUUUGA